AUGCUGGGUAGCAAGCAACUGGGGCUGUCCGGACUGACCCUCGCCCUGUCCCUGCUCGUGUGCCUGGGCGCUCUGGCCGAGGCGUACCCUUCCAAGCCCGACAACCCUGGAGAGGACGCGCCGGCGGAGGACUUGGCCAGAUACUACUCGGCGCUGCGACACUACAUCAAUCUCAUCACCAGGCAAAGAUACGGAAAACGAUCUAGCCCUGAGACACUGAUUUCAGACCUCUUGAUGAGAGAAAGCACGGAAAAUGUUCCCAGAACUAGGCUGGAAGACCCUUCUAUGUGGUGAUGGGAAAUGAAACUUGCUCUCCGGUCUUUGCCUAUUUUUCAACC